UGGAUGAAUUUCCGAGUGUACUUCGAAAGCGAAUGUUAAAUCGAUGCCCAGUCAACAAAAAGAUCCCUCCGUAGAACCCUAUUUACCCAAAACCGUUGUUAUGGCGACAUUGUUUCGUUUGUUACGUUAUGGAGGCCGACAAGGCAGAUGCCGUAUGAGAUCCCACAGGGCAGCACAAUCGUUACCGAUUGCGAAAUGGACGAGUCUAAUGCAAAUUCAAAUGUUGGUUUCAUCAUGAAAAAUGGAGUCCUUUGUCGUGUCCAGCUCAAGUACCGUAAGGCCGAAGUCGCAAAACCGAUGAAAAAGAAAGAGAGGCCCACGCUGCAAGGCCAUUGUGCAGCACACAGCUCGUUCAUGGUAUCCCAGCAAUGCCCAGAAGCAAGUCCACCAUUGAGUCCACAGGAGCAAAGAAGAAGAGCAAUCCGUAAACGGAUAGAGGCUAUGACGCCCGUUUGCUUUACCCAACCGCGGGGAUCGUACAGUGUUGACAAUGCAUCGUUACGAGCUAGACUGUUCCAGCUGAUGAUAACACGAAUCCCUAAAUUGAUCCAACCCGUCGAUCACUCCGUGUGGGCCAUGCAAGAAUUGACGAAUGUCAACACCAAGUGCAUGAGACACGCAGCGUUAAGUCGGCCGGAGAAAUAUCCCAGCCUCCUGAUCAGAGCUCCGGUUCCAUGGCACCAACAAUUCCUAAUCGCACGUGAAUUUGCUACACACAAUCUUUUCGCCACUCAUCCCGUGUCAUUAGAAUUGCGUCAACUCUGGGACUCCACCUACCGUUCUUGGCGUCUGUUCGAUAUCCCUUGGAACAGAAACGAUCCUCUAGAUCCAGAUGCCCUUGUGGGUUUGAUUCGCAAUCGAUGCCACGAAUUCCACGUUUCUUUAGUUAAAAAGUGGAUGCCAGAAUGUUGCUUGGUUUUAAAUCGCCAAAAACCUACAUGGACUGCUAUGGUGCCUUUGAAACGUGGAGAGUCGAUGCAACAAAUUUUACGAUUCUUCAAUAGUCUCACCGGACUCAUUUCUUUGCAAAUUCGAUGUCUGUUGUAUAGCUGGAUUGAUGAAUGGUCCGAUCUCAUGACUGCCUACGACGCUGGUGAAGACGAUGAUCACAACAAGGCAGAUACCUUCCCGAAAGUAUUUCCUUUCAUCCGGUUAGAGUUGGCCUUAUCGGAUGGAAAAGUAUGGGUGAAACCUAAACAAGAAACGAUUCAGCAUAAAAUGGAGAAGAUAUUGCAGACUAUCGUCUAUGUAAGCUGCCAUAUUCCACGCAUUGAGAGAAUUUUCUUACCAGGUUAUACAGGUGGUGAAGAAUUUUUAGUGGCAAUUGCUUGGGAAGAUGACCGCGUCAAGUCAGCCCUGAACAAAGUGAAACACAUCGUCAAUUCUAAUAAAAAAGUACCUGAACGGUACAUCUUCGAUACUUACACUAAAUACGAACCUAUGCUUCAGCCACCUUUUCGAAAGUCAUUUGACGAUUCUGGGGAAAUGACCUGGGAUGAAAACGAGAAGCUGUUCAAGAAACGUAUUGAACAAUUGGAAGCUAUCAAAAAAAAGCUUCUGCUGCUCAAAUCGCACGUCUAUCUCAAACUCUUUUAUUUAGAUUGUCACGAGAUAAACAAAUAUCUGGUCGAUUUCAUCGAUGACAUUAGGUUUUCCUUAGUGAAGAGAAUUAUGAACGACAACAGGCAAAUAGUCAGGAAAAUUUGCACUCGUUUUGAAACCGUGACGGAGAAAGUCAGCCAAGUGCCGGAAACCACAGCCCAAUUGGUCGAAUCUGUCGACUACGUCCAACGCUCUCUAACGCAGAGUUUACCGGAAAUGUUGCUAGAAGUGAAUGCUGCCGGUUCACGAUUGCUCACUUUGCUCAACUAUACCAUGCUUCAAAAAGACGAUUUAUCUUUGAGCUGCCGCCUUUUUCAUUGGCCUAGCGAUUUGGAUUCCGUUUUGCAAGUCAGUUCGACUCGCCUCCAGCGAAUUCGCGUCGAAACAGAGCGAUUGUUGAAGGAACGGACCCAAUUGUUCUUGGGACGAUUAGCCGAGUACGGAGAAGCUUUGGAUAAUUUCAAGAACAAGGAAACGACAGCGUUGACGACUGAAGAGAUGAUAUCCAGCACGACUUUACUACAAGAUUUACAUCAAAAAUUACAAGCCGCUCAAAUUGAACUGGCGGAAAUCAAUAACGAUGAAACAUUACUCGAAUGGCCAGUGACUCACGUUCCUAACCUACCGGCCCUCAUCCAGCUUAUUGAGCCUUAUUACCAAUUGUGGCACGUCGCCUACAAGUUUCACGAAAGCCACGAUGUUUGGUUCCAUGGUCCUUUUCGCAAGUUGGAUUCUCAAAUGAUUGCCAAUGAAAUCAAUGCCAUGUGCAAACAGAUGCAGCAACUUGCAGUCGUUUUCGCUGACGUAACGGCAGCCAAACGAGUGGCUGAUACCGUCCGAAAGCGCAUUGAAAAGUUUAUGGGUUUCCUACCUUUGUUGCACGCUGUCUGCAAUCCUGGACUUCGAGAGAGACACUGGAUAUUGAUUAGCCAAAAUUUCGAAUCUCCCAUGUGUCCCGAACCGGACACUUCAUUGGCUGAAUUGGUUUCAGCUGGGCUAAUGCAGUAUAUUAGUCGCAUCGAAGAAGUCAGCAUUACUGCCACGAAAGAAUUUGCUCUAGAGGAAACUCUUCAACGAAUGCAGUCAGAAUGGAAUGAAAUUUGUUUCGAAUUCUUACCGUACCGAGAUUCGGACGUUAGUGUCCUGACAGGAAUUGAGGAAAUUCAAGCCCUUGUGGAUGACCAUAUUCUACGGGCGCAAACGAUGCACGCGUCGCCCUAUAUCGCCCCGUUGGAGCCGGUGCUUCAGUCAUGGGAGGAACAGCUGGUUGGGGUCCAGGAUACGAUGGAUGUCUGGAUGAAGGUGCAAAACACUUGGCUAUACUUGGAGCCCAUCUUUAGCUCUGAAGAUAUUCAGCGGCAAAUGGCUAGCGAUGCGGCCAAGUUCUCCCACGUCGAUUUAAUGUGGCGGUCGCUGAUGUCGGCAGCAACUGGCGAGCCUCGUGUUUUGGUGGCCGCCUCACGUCCUGGCCUGUUGGACGAGCUACGAGAGGCCUUCGCAAUCCUAGAAGACAUCCAGAAGGGAUUGCACGAUUAUCUGGAGAAGAAACGCCUAUUUUUCUCCAGGUUUUACUUUUUGUCCAAUGAUGAACUUUUGGAAAUUUUGUCGAAAACGAAAGAACCGGAGCGAAUUCAGCCGCACUUGCGCAAGUGUUUUGACGGAAUCGGCCGUCUCCUCUUUAAUUCGAAUCAAGAGAUUGAAGCCAUGAUCUCGGAAGGCAACGAGAAAGAACGCGAAAUUGUCCGCUUCCGGGAGCCCAUCGUUCCGGCCAGAAGCAAAGUACGUAUUUACUUAUACAUCGCAUGUUUCUGGAACAAUAAUAAUUUUUGA